GACGACCACGGCGGCCCCUCGCUGCCUGCUGCCUCUCGCUGCCCGCUGCCCGCUGCCCCUCGCUGCCCGCUGCGUCUCCCCCGUCCGCAGCGAUGUCGUCCUCAGGCUCCGGCUCCGACUCGAGCCACGACGCACGCCGCUCAGAUCGCCUGCUUCCCAGCAGCGAAGAGACCGCCCCCGUCGAGGACACCGACGCCGUCCCCUCACCGCCUCCGUCUCCCGCUCCACGUCCCCGUCCCCGCCCCCCGCCGCAGCCCGCACCCGCCUCCUCUCCGACGACUCCGCCUCCCUUCAGAACGUCGCGCGAUCUCAUGGUGCGUCGUUCGCCUGCGUUGUCAUGUCCGUCGCCGACGCCUCGUCCUCGCGCACGUCGCUUCCCUAGUCCCGACGGUCGUCCGAGUGCGCCUAGCCGUCUGGUCUACUCUGCGUCUCUCGCAGCUGCCUCGCCAGCGUGGUACGUGUCGUCGUGGCUUGCCGUGUCCCGUGUAUCUGUGCGUGCGUUGGACGCGUGCGGGGCUGCUUAA